GCUAAUGCCAUGCUUCCAGAACACCGCGGCCUAUCAAUUACGAGCCUCUCUAGCGCAGCUGUAGUUGAGUGGUUGUCGGUGUGUCUGUUUCUGGUAGUCCGUAACACCGCCGCGCGCAUCCUCCAUCUCAGUCGCAUUGAAGAGUUGCCCCUCCCCCGCCUUCUUCUCGUCCUCGUCCUCUAGCAACUUUUCACGACAGUCACCACCACCGGCUUCACGCAGUCCGACCGUUUUCGCUCGCUCAUUUCGCACGUCGUUGAAGACACGGAAAUAGUCCCGGAACGCAAAGAACCCCCGUUCGCAAAACACCAGUCACAGCCAUCACCAUGGCGUCCAACUCCGACACCCCUGCGCUCAAGACAAACCCGCGCUUCAUCUUCUUCACCGACUUCGACGGCACCGUCACCACGGCCGACUCCAAUGACUACAUGAUCGACAACCUGGGCUUUGGCACCGAGCGCCGCGUCAAGCUCAACAAGGACGUGCUCUUCGGCCGCAUGAACUUUGGCGACUCCUUCGUCGAGAUGCUCGACUCGGUCGGCACCCCCUUCGACCAGUGCAUCGACAUCCUCCGCAAGAACAUCAAGCUCGACCCGGGCUUCAAGGAGUUCUACGACUGGGCGCAGGUGAACAACGUGCCUAUUGUCAUCCUGAGUGGCGGCAUGGAGCCCAUUAUCCGCGCCCUCCUGGAUACCCUUCUGCCCGAAGGUUGGGAUAUUCAGAUUGUCAGCAACAAUGUGAGCCCGCGCGAGGGCAAGAGCAUCAACGAGCAGAACGGCUGGAAGAUUGUCUUCCAUGACGACAGCAUCCACGGCCACGACAAGUCCAUUGAGAUCCGCAAGUACUCUUCCCUUCCCAACCGACCCACCAUGUUCUACGCUGGCGAUGGUGUCUCCGAUCUCUCUGCCGCCAAAGAGACCGACCUGCUCUUCGCGAAGGCCGAUAAGGACCUCGUCACCUGGUGUGAGAACGAGAAGGUUCCCUUCGUCACCUUCCGCGACUGGUCCAGCAUCCUCCAGACCUGCAAGGACAUCGACGCUGGAUCUCUGUCCGUCACUGAUGCUGCUCGUGGCCGCAUCUAAUUCUUGAUUUUGCAUGAAUGGUUGGUAUAAGGAUUUGAGUCUCAUGAUAAAGGAUAAAGAUGAACACGAUAUUGUCUAUGGUAAACUAAUAGACACAUAUUAGAUUAGAUGGUAGACGAGAGAUGUCUACCCACGGGAUAUAGACUCGAUAUAGAUUAUAGAGAGAAAUCUCACGCCGUCCAGAAAAGAAAAGAC